CACUCAGCUCCCUUGGAUUCGCCGCAGGGCAUUGCCGAGCAAGCAGGACGUUCCCAUAUAUUUGUCCGGAUUCGGCAUGCAUCGCAUAGGUUUGCAUCUUGCAGCUGCAGUUGCAGCUGCCCUAGCCCGCCCCUCGUCUGUCCUUCUUCGCCUGAAACUUGACAGCCGUUCCAAUGGCAACACCACCCGCACAGACCCAUGUCCUGUCUCGUGGUCUGCACCUUGCUCUUCCUGCAGGGUCUAAGGGCGGGCGAAGAGGAGAGCCGGCCAACGAAGCAUCCAACCGCCAGCUUCAACUCUUGCUUGGCCAAGAAACCAGCAUGUCACGGAGGCGCACGUACAGUGGCAACGAGGGAGGCACCGCGUUCUCCGUGGGCCGACUACACAACCCCCGGCUAGCGGCCGCGCCGGCUCAACGCCACACCUCCAGUCGAAAUCCCAAAGGAAGUGGGAGCAACCCCUGCUAAGAUUAUGAUCGGUCGGCCCCGAGCCUCGGGCCUGCACCCCUGUCGCAGCAUGUGUGCACCAUCUAGCAGAUCGCCUGUAUCCGCGGUACUACAGUAUGUACCUCGAGCAGGCAGCCGGGGAAUGCCUGUACGACGGGGAGUGUGACGUGCAAGGCGUCGCACCGACACAAGCGCUGGACUUUGGGGGCGCAAGUCUCUACAUAUACAGGCCGCUCGUUCGCACCCCUCCUGCUCCCUGGCCCUUUCUGCCUCCCUCUCCCCGCCACGCACCCUCCUCCCCCCCCCCUCAGUCCACCCAGCGCCACGUUCAAAAUGCCUCUCCCGUCGUGGAUGGUGUGGUACAAGAAGCCCGAGUACAGAGACAUCAAGGAAUACUCGGCCCAGAUCAGCACAGGCCAGCGCAGCUUCAGUCCCGAUGGCCGCUCCAGGCUUGCCAUCCCGAGCCGCUUACGCCUGGAGAGGAUCCUGGCGAACAAGACAUGUAGCCCAAUGUCACUGUACGACUUCUACAUGUAUCUCAAGUACAUCGAGUUCUCACCGGAAAACCUAGAGUUCUACGUCUGGUUCAAGAACUACGAGCUUGCCUACGCCAAGGCCAUGAAGAACAAGCCCGCUGAGAAGGAACCCGAGCCCGUCGACCCGGCAGAAGAGUCGAGGGAAGGCAGCGUGUUUGCGCAGGUCCUAGAGAAGCUGCCGUCGGUGAACACGUCGCAGAUGUCGUGGGAUCCUGAGAUGGGCCCCGAUACACUGGCACACAUCGCCCACCUCAUCAGCUUGAACGUGACUCUGUGCGCUACAGUUGAUGGCAUGGGCGACUUCAUGCCGCCCCAGCCGAAGUGCGCCGGUGACAGGUGUCUAUCCUCCAAGCCGAACAGCAGUGAUGGCUCCUCGGCCGUCUCGUCUUCGCUCUUCACCUCCAACCUGGGCCCCAGCGCCGAGCUGCGCGCCGUCAUCAAGACCUACCUCCUCCCCGGCUCUGAGAAGGAGCUCAACAUUACGUCCUCGAUGCGCAACACGGCCCUGCACGCACUGCAAAAGCAUCAGGAGCGCGUCGGCAACACCGCAGCCUCGGCCGCCUCGACAGCCACGCCAAUGUCUCCGGAGGGCGCCGAUACGGCCGGCUACAUCGACCCGGAGGUGCUACGGCCGAUGGCCGACCACGCGUACAUGCUGCUCAAGAGCUGCUCGCACCGCAACUUUGUCAGGCUCGGCGUCGCCAACGGCACCUACGAGACGGUGUGCGUCGCCACCGCGCUGGGCAUCGCGCUGACCACUGCCGGGUUCCUGCUGCUGCUCCUGCGCGCCUUCUACCCGGGCAUGGGCACCCACUCGCGCUGGGAGGCCUUCGCCGCCUGGCCGCUGUGGUGGGUCGGCAUGUCGCUCGUGCUCUCGGGUCUGCGGGGCAGCUGCUUCUUCCUGCUGCUCUUCUCGCGCCGCCAGCCCCUCCCCUGGGAGCGGUUCGACGACGGCGAGGGCAUCGAGCACCCCGGCAGCGGCGCCAACGGUGGCAGCAGCACCAACGGCAACGGCAACGGCAAGAACACGAGCAGCAGCGGCAGCAGCACCAACUCCUCCAGCACCGGCGCCUCCGGCAAGAUCACCAAGCCCAACCCCAACGCCCCGGCCUUGGCGGCGCCCGCCGAGAUCCGCCGAAAGAAGAAGAACCCCCUGCUCAGGGCCCUGUCGAGGCUGAUGAUCUUUGACCGCAAGCUCAAGGUCAAGGACAAGCACCUGCGCCGCCUGCAGACCAAGAUCGUCGUCCAGAGCCUGGCCAGCGGUGCCAUAUUUGCGACCAUGGGCGUUUUGUUGUUCUUGUGGCUGCCGGUGUGGACCGAGACGGUUCGUCGAUAGGGUAUAGCGGUGGCUGCAUAUGGAUAUACUUGCAUUCUUCUCGAGGCCAGCGCAAGGAAGGAGUAAUCAGUCUUGAGGAGUCUCUGUCCAACCACGAGCUCGGCCGUCACUUCUGCACUGCUCCGUCAUCGCACCCACGCAAGCACACAAAGUUAACUCCCUCCUAACUCCUUCUUUCUGACUUUUAAUUUCUUCCUUUUGUGGCGUUCUGCGUUUCUAGAUACCUCCUGCACGCCGUUGUAUUCCCCAUAGCUUAUACCUUUACUUGUUUAUAGUUUACGCCCUAAUGUCCUUUGGCGUUUAGCCUUUAAUCGAUUCCCUUUUCCCCUGUUG